GGGCCAAACAACGUCGACAUCAGCAGCAGCAGCAGCAGCGGGGCUUCCACCAUAAUGUAGACCAAACAGACGCACGACCGUCCACAGACGAGCACCGACACAUGUCCAGGGUGCGGCGGUGAAAACGCAACUAAACCCGGGGAGGAGUUAACUUUACAGGGGUGAAAAUGAGGGAGCUGAAGGGCUGCGGGAUGCGCUCCUCGGUGGGCUUUCUGUCCCGCAGAGAGCUGACCGGACAGCCGCUCAUGAAGGAGGAAUUCCAGAGACGCAGGCUGGCAGGCUGCACCAGCCUCUACAAGAAGGACAUGCUCGGUCACUUCGGCUGUGUCAACGCCAUCGAGUUCUCCAACAACGGCGGGGAGUGGCUGGUGUCCGGUAAGGUGACAGUUUUCGGGUUUCCCUGCUGCUUCCUUGACACUGUUUGCAUGUUGUUAGCAUGCUAACGCUAACUAGCUGGAAAUCAGCUGAAACCCUCCUGGGCUAGCUAAGUUACGGUGCCUUCAGGGACGGCGGAAUAAUCGGGAAAACGAGUGUCUAUGUAGGAAACGUCAAAACAAAUGUUUAAACUUGAGGGAACACUGGUGUACAAGUGGUUGAGAUCACAAUUUUGAUGUUGUUCUACCGAUAAACACAGCAGGUUAUAAUAUCAUAUAUAUUCAAACCCUUGUGGGAGAAGCGGUGGGACUAGAUAAGUCCUGACUUCUUUCCACUCCUUUUGAACUUGAAUAACUUUUUGUCAUUUGUUGUUGUAUUCUUUACUUUGUAUUAUUAUUAUUAUUAUUAUAUGUUCAAAAUAAACUUUAAUCAAUUAAUAGGUGAAAAGUUUAAUCGCUCGUUGGCUAAUUUAGUUGUCUUAUCGAUGAUAAUAACAAUAAUAAUAAUAAUAGUAAUAAUAAUAAUAAUAACCUUAUUUUAUAGUAUUUUUAAAAACAGAAGUUUACAAAGUGCUUUCACAAACAUCAGCACAUGGAAAUAAAAACAAAUAAAAAACAAAAGCUCAGUUAAAAAUAAAACCUCUGAAUUGAAGCCAGUUUCAUUUAUCAUAAGAAACCCAGACAAAACAAGAACCCUACAACAUAAAAUGAGACCAUGAGGACCAAAAUAGAAACAUAAAAUAGGUAAGAAGAAGAAGAAAUGUUAUAAAAAGGGGGGUAGAAAGCAGGAAACAGGAUAGUAAAAAUAAAAAGACAAUAUGAAUAAUGAUAAUAAAAUUAUAAUAAUACAGGCUAAAAACAACAAUAACCACCCAAAAUAAAAUGGUAAAAAGAAAGAGUAAAACAAGAAAAUAAUCUUAAAUAAACGGAUAAGUAAGAGCUCUUUACCAGGUAAAGAAAAAGGGUAAAAGAGGUAAAAACCUCUGAGACGGGAAUUAAGAAAAAGACUAAGAACAGAGAUAAUAAUAAAAUGACAUAAAACAAACAUUUGCAAUAAGAGAAAUAUAAAAAGGCAGUUUGUGAAAAGCCUGGUUAAAAGGUCUGGUCUGAAGUCGUGAUUUCCGAGCUUUCAUCGAGUCCUCAAACGCACCGUUAGCCUGUGCUUUCUUGGCAGCUAACUAGCCUAGCUAACGUCAAAGCAAACAGCGGGCAGCUCCGAGGGCAGGAACCCCGGACCAGAGCCGUCUGUCAGCCGUGAAACUUGACUCUGCAGCCGCUGGAGAACAUGUUAGAUCUUUGUGAGAGGUUUUAUAACCUUAAACAUAGAGCUGUUAGUGUCCUGGGAGGAUUAAAAACCAUUUUCUGGCCUUGUUUAGCAGCACCAGACUUUAGAUUUCUGGUGUGUCGGGGAUCAGGACAGCUCCGUGUAACUUUAUAAACACACCUGCGAAUGAACACCUGAGCAGAAACUGUAAAUAAAAACACACUUUAGCUCAAUAACUGCAGAUAAACUGAUCCUGGUCCACUGAGGUCGAUAAGAAGACUUUGUGUAAUUCCUAUAGAGACUAUUUUAGACAAGAGCAGCAAACGGACCUACCUGUUUACAGGUGCAUCUCAACAAAUAAAAACAUCAUGGCAUAAAAUCUAGUUAUUGUAGGUAAUAUGAAGUAUUUUAAUCCAUAUUGAUUCAAUUUUGGCGACUUAAGAUCAAUUUAAAGAGAUCUCCCCUGUAUUAUGGUCUAGAAAUCGUUUGGUAGGAGUUUUGGCGCUGUGGGCAGGUGCUGAUAGAUCUUAUAUAUAUAUUUUUACAUACUUUUUUUUCUACUAUUGGUCGUAAUUUUAGCCAACCUUAAUUUAUCUGAUAUAAAAACACUUAUAGAGAUCGGAAAUUACUCUUUUAAAGGGAUAUUCUGGCAUAUAAUUAAUUUAGGGUCAUAUGCACCCGACCGCUUGCUUCUCUAGUUAUACCAACUUUAGUAACAACCGCAGGAUAGUAAUACACAGCGGUCUGAGGAGCCAAAAACAAACCUCAACCAAAAAGCCACUCUAUAGCCACAAAUAAUGCUCAGAACAGCACCUAACUUCCUCUUCUUUUUGUAGCUGUUCAGGAUGCGGUGGAAAUUGGGGGUAACUCUUGAUCUGAGGUUAUGAUCUUCGUUUUUCUGAGUGUCUGUCUGUCGCUCUCGUCAUGAAUCCUCAGGAGGAGAUGACCGCCGGGUUCUGCUGUGGCACAUGGAGAAAGCCAUCCACGCUCGGUCCAAGCCGGUGAAGCUGAAGGGGGAGCACCUGUCCAACAUCUUCUGCCUGGCCUUCGACAGCACCAACAAGAAGGUUUUCUCCGGCGGUAAGACAGCGAGAAAAUCCUCCUCUGAGCUUUUAUUUGUUACAAUAACCACGUCCUCUGUUAUUAACCUGAGAAACACCUUUUCUUUUUACCACAGAAGACACAGAAAUAUUUCUCAUUAACUGCAGAGUUUGUGUGCAACAUGACGCUCUUUGUGUAAAACAAAAGGAACAUUUGCAGAAAAGACUGACACAGGCUGAACACUUAGAGGAAGGUAGAUAAGAAGAGGAAGUUGAUAUCAGCGCAAGACUUAAAAAACUUUAUCUGUGGAGGAAAUGUGGGCGUUACAGUCGCUGUUACACACAGUGAAGCAUCAAGACAUGAAGGAAAUACAGAUAAGAGUAAAAUAACAAAGACUGAAGAAUCGUACGAAUUUAUUUAGCAAGAUAGAAAAUAACAUAAAAGUUUUAAAACUGUCACCAUUUAUUGAUAACGGUAAAAACUGUCUAUAAAGAUAUAUUUAUGUUUUUAUUUAUAUAUGCAAACUUUAGAUUUUGUCUGAUUUUGACUUUUUUAAACUCUGUGUCUGUUUGAGUACAUGAAGAGGUUAACAUGCAGAUGACGCUGUAAAAAAGAUAAAUCUGUUUAUGUAAAUAUAAUAAACGGCUGGUUUUAUAAGCAGAAGCUGAGAUAGUGACAGUUUGUUUUUGUUUCAGGAAACGAUGAGCAGGUGAUUCUUCAUGAUGUGGAGAGGUGAGUGAAAUCAGAAAAAACAGAGUUUUUUUAUCCUGGGAUUAAAACGUCUGACUGAAUGAAGGUUCUGGAUUAGUUUGGAGUUUGGUGCUUUGGCAGGAUUCUUCUGGAAACUUUCAUGUAUAAAAAAACCACAUUGUCAGUUAUUUUUUGUUUCUGCACCUUUGCCUUGUUUUGCUUGCCCCCAAAUAUUAAUUAUCAAAAUUCAAAACAAACAGACAAACCACUCAAUGUAUCCUGUUAAGAUCAGUUUCUCUUAGACAAAAUGAAACAACAGAAAAAAGUUUCCUCAGAGAUGCAAACCUGGAAUCAUCAUCUAAACAAUCAGUGCAGUCAGAAUUAAAACAAUAACGAUCCAACAGGAUAAAAUAAUUCAAUAUUUGGUUUAUUGGUUUUUUUUUUUGAUCAGGAGAGAAACUCUGAACGUGUUCCUCCACAUCGACGCCGUCUACAGCCUGUCCGUCAGCCCGGUCAACGACAACGUGUUCGCCAGUUCAUCUGACGAUGGGAGAGUUCUCAUCUGGGACACCCGCGAGCCGCCAAACGCAGGUAAGCCGAGGGGGAGGGGCUUCAAUACGUCCUGUUGCAGAGUAGAGCUGAGAUGUCAGAUAACUCUGUAACACUUCAGUCAGAGUCAUCCCACUGCAGCUUUUGAAUGUUUUCCACGUCUCCUGUGGUUUAAUGUCGUUAAUAAUCUGUUCACAGGCGGCCGCUCGGUGUAUUUUAAGCAUCUGUGUGACUGAAGAGCUUUGUGACGGCGGCGCUCAGAGAGUUGUUGAUAACUUUAAAAAAGCAGGAUCGCCUUACAUGACGUCUAUUUUGGAAGCUCUCCUUGUUGACCUAAUAAUAAUAAAUGAAACGGCACUCGUGUCUGUGAGCAGGUCUGAAGCUCCAGUCUGAAGGUUUGUGAAGGUGGAGUUUAGUUUGUGAUUGUACUGAAGCAAAGUGGAAGAAAACGGAUCAUUUGGCGAGUUUGAGGCAACGCAAAAGGAAGCUGAGGAUCUUUAAAGGAAAAGGAGAAAUUCACUGAAAGAAAAUAGAAUGCACGAUAUCAGAUUGAUGCUGAUAAAUUGUUCAGUUUCGUUUUUCAUCUCCACCAUCACCUCCAGUGAGUUUUGAAAAGUCUGAGUCUAACUGGUCUCUUCUGUCCCCUCAGAGCCGUUCUGCCUGGCCAGCUACCCGUCAGCCUUCCACAGCGUGAUGUUCAACCCCGUGGAGCCCAGACUGAUCGCCACGGCCAACUCCAAGGAGGGCGUGGGACUGUGGGACAUCCGCAAGCCGCGCAGGUGAGAAACCUCUGCGAAUAUUAUCAGACUCUUUAAAUAAACCCGAACCCGUCAGAGGGUGAGAAGAGGACGCCACGGCGAAGGAAUCUGACGGAGAAAUCCUGAAAAAUGCAGAAGUGAAGCUCAGGUCUGUUUGGGGUCACUCAGAUCUUAACCUGAUCAUCUGUAGAGAGGACUCUUCUUCCUGUCCACCAGGUGGCACCGUUGUCCAACUCUUCAGCCUGAUCACUUCUGUCUCUCUGCCAGCUCCAGAAAAACCUCCUCUCGACCUGAAACCUGGAAUGUUUCGCAGCUCUGAGAUCACACUGAGCGCGUUUACUCGUUUGGUUUCAGUUAUUAAACCAACAGAUGACGGCGCCUCCGAUCAAAGCAAACACUGAGUCACCUCUCCUCCUCCUCUUCGUCCUCCUCCUCCUCGUCCUCCUCCGCUGUUGGCUCUGCCGCUCUGCUGUGUGUUUACACCUCCAGACUGAAUCCUUCGCUUCAGUCUGGAGGUUAAAAAUAGCGAACAGAUGAAGAGGAGCGUGAACAUCUUUUUCAUCUUCAAACUGUAAAAUCAUCAAGAUAAAAAUAUCCACAGACUCUUUUCCAACAGGUGACGUCGCCCCCUGCUGGCUCAAACUCAAACUGAUCUCUGCAUCAACAACUUUAACUCACCUCCUUUAUCGUCUUCUUCUUUCUCCUCAGCUCUCUGCUGCGUUACGGCGGCAGCAUGUCCCUGCAGAGCGCCAUGAGCGUUCGCUUCAACAGCACGGGCACGCAGCUGCUGGCGCUGCGCCGCCGCCUGCCGCCGGUCCUCUACGAGCUGCACUCCCGCCUGCCCAGCUUCCAGUUCGACAACCAGGGUUACUUCAACUCCUGCACCAUGAAGAGCUGCUGCUUCGCCGGAGACAAAGACCAGGUCGGAGAAAUUCAUCCUGAGGUUAAAAAACAGCUGCUCGCACCUUCGCACCGCGUCGUAAAGGUGGUUUAUUGGACUCUGCGGUUACUCGCCGUUAAUUAUUGGAGGAGAUUAAUGAUCCUAAGAGAAAAUCAGAGACAGCAGGAGCCCGUGUGGUCCUCCUCAGACGUGACAUCAGCCUGCAGCCGUGUUUAUUGUGUUAACAUUAUCCUCGGGUGUCAGUGGAGCUUAUGGAGGCUUAAAAAAUUAUCCCUCUCUGCAUGAAUGAAGGAGGAGGAGGAGGACUCGAGGUUACAGGGAAAGAAGGUUUGAGUUUGUUCACCUGGUAUAAAGUCAAGAAACUAAAACAAAAACACAAAUUCAAGUUUCAAGGUCUGAUAAAAUAACUUCACUCCGUCUUAUUUGACUCCCACUCCUCUAAAAUCUCGCAGACUUUAAACCACAGGUGACAGAGGAUUUCCUCAGAUAGGUGUGAUUCAGAGGUGCAGAGGUAGAAGUAACCCCGCAGACAUGAGGGGGAGGUCUGAGUGUGACAUUCCUGCCUGACGUGUCCUCUGGGAACCCGAGGAGGAGCACACAGGUGUUCAUGAGCCACAGGGAUAUCAGGAACAGUCUGUUUUUAAAGGGAUGAGGAUUUUUUAGCACCAUAGAGCAUUUUAGCUUUAUUCCUCAAAAGUGUAAUCCUUCAUGCUCUGGAAACAGUUUUAGAAGUUGUAAGUGAGUUUAAUUUUAGUGCACACCUGCAGAAUAUCUGCUAAAGAAAAUGAGGACAAUCGUCCAACAACUGGUUGAUCAAAUAAAUCACAACUUGACUGAAUUUCAGAAACCCCGCAGCACCAAAAACACGUGUAAACAGUCAGACAAAAAUGUUUCUCCAGAUGGUGAAGUAGAGCGUCACAGAUGUUCUCAAACAGAGAGAAGACGAGAGCGGGAACUAAAAAGUGUGGUUCUUUAAAUUAUCCUCGCUGUUGUUCAAAGUUCAGCCAAAUAAGACAAAGUCAGUAAAGAGAGCAAAAAGUACAACCACUCAGGACAUGUGAGUUUUUGAGCUUAUUUUACACUUUUAGAUUCAAAAACUUUCAAACUCUUUAAUUUUAUUCCCUUAGUUAAGGAAGAUUAUGUCUAAAAAAUAACAGAGUUAAAGAAACAAACUCAUCAGUAUAACCAUGAACCAGAAAAUGUUUAGUUUACAUUCAAAACACUAAAAACCAACUUCAGGGUACUUUGUUUACAUUUAACACAUAAAAAGAGCAAUAAGAGGGCACUAAGUGUGAAAAUUUGUCAUCAAUAAAGGAAACAGAGGGGACUGAGUUUACAGUUUAUAAUCUAAAAGAGCAGCCAGGGUGCACUUUGUUAAAAUUUUAUCCAUUAAAAAGCAAACAGAGGGUACUUUGUUUACUUAUCAUCCACUUGAAGAGCGUCCAGGGGAAACUUUCUGGGUUAUUUAUCCAUCAAAAGAGCAUCCGAUGGGUACUUUAUUUACAUAUAUACACUGAAAAACAAAUCAGAGGGCACUUUGUUUAUAUUUAUACGCUUCAAGAGUUACCAGAGGGUACUUUGUUUACGUUUUAUUCAAAAAUCUUGUUAACAUUGUAUACUCCUUGAAAGGGCAUACACUGGAGUGAUGCUUUGUUUACAAUUAAAUACUUAAAGAGCUAACAGAGGGCACUUUGUUCACACUUUUUCACUAGAGCAGCCACUAAGGACUUUGUUUACAUUUUAUUCUCCAAAAAACAACCCAAAAGAAGUCUGUUUUUAUUUGAUACUCUGAUCAGGCGUGAUCUUUGUUUACACUUUAUGCACGAAAAUAUCGACCACAGAGGACUUGAUAUAAAAGUUUUCCAUUAAAGAGCAACCAGAGGGUACUUUAUUUACAUUUGAUCUACUGAGAAGUCACCAGAGGGUCUUUUGAUGAUAUUUUAUCCACUGAAAAUGUAUCCAGAGGGCACUUUGUUCACAUUUAUUCACUGAUAGGGGGCGCUCAUUGUACUGCUAUCCGUUAAAAAGAGCAAACAUGGGGCGCUUGAUUUACACAUUAUUCAGUGGAAGGACAUCUGUUCAGGAAAUUUAAGAUGUUUUAUCCACUGACACUAAAAAUGACCUUUUUAUAAUCCUGUAUUCACUAUAAAGAUGUUUUAGAGGCACCAGGGGGCCGACUCCCUCCUUUACCCCCCCUCUGAGCACACCCCUGUGCUGAUCCUUUAUCACUCAUGUAUGUAUAAGGAGAACCAGGUGUUUUCCAGCUCUAUCUUCAUGUACCUUCAGCGACAGGUUAAAGUGGAACCAUCUGUUUAUGGGGUCUAAUAAGAGUUCAGACAGGGGAGCAGGAGCUGUCUGAGGGUCAGACUGUCGUGUCCCGUCAGGAGUGGGUUUGAUCCACAUUAUGGGACUGUGAUAAAAUCUGCUGGUUCAGAGCUGUAGAUGGACCCCUCAGGGUUUCUGCGUCUGGAUGUGUACAUGAACAUUUCCUCUCCUCUGAGGUCUGAUGGAAAGUUUCUGUCAAACCAAACGGAGCCGACGUAAAAAUGUAAACAUCCCUGUGUUUCCCUCCUCAGUACAUCUUGUCUGGAUCGGACGACUUCAACCUUUACAUGUGGAAAAUACCGAAGGAUCCAGAAGCCGGUGAGUUAUUCGAUCUGUCUGUGGAUGUUUGACGACCUUUACGGCGAGAAGAAACCGUGAACCUGCCUCUGCCUUCUUACAGGAUGUACAUUUUCUGAACAGCUUGUUUGAAGGACGAGGAUUUUAACCUUCGUUCUCACAAGGUUAAAGAUUUCAGCGGCGUCAGAUAGACGAAAACAAACCUCAUUCCUGCGCUCUGAGUCUGAUAGAUGUCUCUUUAGUCCAGACUGUGGUUUUUCCUCUGUUCAUUUGGUCACACUCCACCAUCCAGGCUCUAGAUAUCCUUUAUCUACGUCUGUUUCCUUAUGUAAUCUUUCAUUUGUGGUUCAAGGUCAGGAAAAGUUCUGUCCUGUAUCGAAGUUUUCCAGCUUUUUCUUUAAUUUUAAUGGUUUUACCUGCUAAAGAUAAUCAGAUUGGAAGCAUAAUUUAAAAUCUGAUUACUUUCUGUGCCGUGUCAGCUUGUUUUACAGACGUCGGCUCUACUGCAGCAGUUUCAUUCAAUUUUGACCCGGUGAACCCUGAAGAACUUUCUGGGCCGGCCCAGGUUUAAAAAUACCAGAAAUUCCUUCACCGCUAAGACGUUUAAAGUCACUCUCUCCCUCUCUGUGAACACGCCUUCGCCUCAUUUCUCAGGGAGGAAGUGUAACGCUCCAAGAAUGUGGCCGUUUGUAGCUCUGUGGCAACACCUGACACAUUUAUGGAUUUUAUUUCUCCUGGAGUUACUCAGAGUGAAAAAAUGUGAACUUUCUCCGGGCCCGUCUGCGUCUGAGCGGACCGCCGUGUUUCACCGUCUUCUAAUAGAUCCAUGACGUGUGUUUGUUUCUUUUCAGGAGGUCCGGGUCGUGUGGUAAACGGGGCCUUCAUGGUCCUGAAGGGUCACCGCUCCAUCGUGAACCAGGUCCGCUUUAAUCCGCACACCUACAUGAUCUGCUCCUCCGGCGUGGAGAAAGUCAUCAAGGUCAGUGUUCGGACCCCGUCGCCGAGUCUGAUGAGAAAAGUCAAAAGUGAUUUUUUUGAGUCGAGCGUCAGAGAGUCUGAUCUGGUUUCCUCCGGGAUGAUUUAGUGAGCGAACAGAUUGUUCUGAAAGCAGACGGACUAAAUCGGAGUCUCUGUCCUCGAUGUUCAGACAGCAGACGAGCCCUGAAGCCAGACAUUGAUCUCCAAUGACAGCCGCUCACUAACUGACGGCUGCGACUUCCUCUCUGAGUGGAGAAACGAAAAAAAAAAAAGAUGGAUCCCCCUCGUCACUGACUGUCAUCUGUGAAAAAUGACGCUGGGCGGAUCAGAAAAAGUGGGUCGUGGGAAGUUGUGAACGGGUUCAGUAUUUAUGUAUUCAGACCCAGAGUGUGAUAAGAGGCGCAGAGAUCCGACUUUUUCACUCCAGAGGAUUGUUUGGUUUGAGAUUCGUCUUUAUUUUUCCAGAUUUAAUCAAAAUAAUUAAAUAACCGUCAGUUUAGUUCAGUUAAGUUUCUAAAAAAGGCAAAAAAACUCGUCUGCACCAUCCCUCCCUCAGCCAAUCAGCACAGCCCUUACUGACCCAUAUAGAUCAUCAGGUGGGAAACUGAGAGGCUGCAGGUCGAGGUCGUUCAUUUUUAAUGUUGAACCUGAUCCGGGUCUCCUUCCUCUUUUUUUUUCCUCUCCUCUUUGCCUUCUUCACGUACACUUCUCCUUCUCCUCCUUCUUCUCCUCCUCCUUUCAGGUCUGGAGUCCGUACCAGCAGCCCAACAGUCUGGGCGACCUGGAGGGCCGGGUGGAGGACAAGUCCCGCAGCCUCUACACCCACGAAGAGUACAUCAGCCUGGUGCUGAACAGCGGCAGCGGUCUGUCCCACGACUACGUCAGCCAGUCCAUCCAGGAGGAUCCUCGCAUGAUGGCGUUCUUCGACUCGUUGGUGCGCCGAGAGAUCGAAGGCUGGAGCUCCGACUCCGACAGCGACCUGAGCGAGGAGGCCAUCAUGCAGCUGCACGCCAGGGGGCGCAGCUCCACCCGAGCCACGCCCGCUCCGCCCACUGCUCCCUCGGUCGCAGGACACCACAGCGACUCCGACAACUCCUCCUCUUCCUCUCUGGCGGGACCCGACCCCUCGGGAGGGGAGGACGCGGCGGGGGCGGAGGGGCGUCAGCAGAGGAGGCGGGGCAGGCAUCAGCGGCAUCAGUCUGGAUUCCUCGUGAACGAGGACUCGGACUCCAGUGAGUUUUGGCUCGACCCCAUGCCGAGGCCUCGCUCCCCGAGUCCCAGAGACAACUCCACCCUGAGCAGCCCCACCUCCUCCCCCUCGCUCCCCAGGGGGUCCCUCAGCCCCUCGACGUCCACCUCCAGCUCCAGCAGUGACGACGAGGAGCGGCGGAGCGCUGUGAGGCGGCGCAACGUCAUGAGGCGGCGCCGCAUGCACGUGGUCUCCAGAGCCGGAGACCGCCCUGAGUCUGUGCAGGCGCUGUUCUCCGCCGUGGACUCCUGCAGCUACCCUUCCAUCUCCGUGGACGAUCUGUCCUCCUCCUCGUCGGGCGGCGGGCAGAACUCUCCUCAGGUCAAGUCUCGCAGCGAGGAGGAGAAAUGUCUGAGCCCGUCUGACUUUGUGUGUCUGAGCCCGGUGAUGUCAUCCGGGAGCCACGACAACGAGGACGGGAGCGAGAGGACUGAACUGGGGAGGCUCUCGGCGGCGGCGUCUCCGCAGCGACUCAGGACUGAACAGAGAGCGGCUGCAGACAGCUCAGACGGCGGCGAGGCCUGCAGCAGCUCCGGGGUUUUGGACGGUAACGCUCAGAGCAGACGCAGCCCCGGAGUGAACGGGCGCCACCGGACUGCGGCUCCGUGCGGGAGCGAAAACCUCCACGUGUCCUCGGAGUCAGAGGAAGACGACUCGAGGCCGCAGAGGGAAAAGGUCCCGCCACAGAGCGCUCUGAAACGGACUCACGUGGCGUCGGAGGAGGGCGACCCCGGCGCCUCACCUUCAGAGAAGAAGCUAAAAACAUAACGUGAUUCUCUGAACGGAUUUAACGGACUCGAUUCAGAAAAUGGGUUUUUUAUGGGUUUGUACAACUCAGCUUUUCUUUAGCCUCGUAGUCAUGUGACGCACAUCAGAGGACUCUGAGAACAGGACGGUGGUGAAUCUUUAUUUCUGUAACCAGAUAAAAAAAAAAAAAACGGCGUCAUUGCUCUUUUGGUCAAACCACAGAUGACGGUAAAAGACGGAGAAAUCAAACUAAGCUAACGUCGGUGAUAAGAUGCUAUUUUUAAGCCAAGCUGAUUUAUUUUCCCGCAGCGUCACUCUUUUCUUUCUUUCUCACGCCCCUGUUGUUGCAGAAAGCUCCACCCAGGAUCUGGAGCUCCUCCAACCGCCACAAAGAAAAGGUCUUAUGGAGGACAAAAGCUGCGCAUCAUUUCAGGAGGAUCUGAUCGAGCUCUUCUUUUGUUUCAGAGCGGUUUCUCGGCAGCUUCAGGGAGUCUGAAGACGUGACUUUGUCUUCGCAGAAAUGUUAAAGAAGUUGAAAUGAUGCUUUUGUCUCGUUCUUCAGGCCUGCUGUUAAUCAGAACAAACCAGUGCUCGCUUUUGUUUUCCUGCAAUUAAAGAAGAAAUUUGUUCUCCUCCGUUCACACCCUGAAAUCUUUUCUUGUCUCUCGACAAACAUCCUGCAGAAAUCACCGAAAAAACGAGCCGGCUCAGCGCGGCUUCGGGAGCUCUCCUACCGACUCGCUGCCGGCUGAGUUGCCAUGGAGACGCAGCAUCACCUCUCCUGUGAAAGGAGCGCGUUCGGCUGGCCGUGACCUCGAGCAAACCAGCGUCGCCCUGAAGUGAAAUAAUUUAUCGACAGAAGAGAGAAGCUCGUUUCUGUUUUUAUUCGAGAGGAGUUUGAUUGAUUAGAAGAAAAGAAAACAGCAGUGAUUCAAAUAAGACCAAAUAUUCAUGUUUAUCCACAAACUUAGCCCUGAAUGUUGUGGAGGAGGAUGAUAAAAAUCAUUGAUGAAUGAGAAACAGUCUAAAGACAACAAAACAGAAAAUAAUUUGAGUGUUUUUUGAAAAUAAACGUCCAGAAAAGAUGAAACAAGGGGGACAAAACACUGAAAAA